CACUACAAAAUUGAAAACACUGUUGUGAGUUAUUAAUCUGUUAGAUAGGUUAGAAUAAGACAAUUAAAGUUUUCAACUACGGUUGUCAUUGUUAAUUUAAAAUGUUAGAGAACCUUCCUUCUUUGUUUCGGCUUUCAAAACAGUUGAAUUGUACAAGCCUCAAAAUUUGCAACGUAUUUAAUGUCACACUUUUAAAUAGAACAAACAUUGUUUCAUCAGUAUUGGUACCUGCAAGGACAACCAUGGUGGUGAAGAGAAGGUACCCACCUGGUCUUUACAGAGAAGGCAACAGACCAAGAUUAAGUAGAAAAACUUUCUUUUAUGAAUUGGUAGAAGACACUGAUUAUAGACCAGAUCCCCUAGUCGAUGUUGUAUUGAAAACAAACGUUCCAGGUGUAGGAAAUGAUGGAGACAUUAUUAAUUUAAAAAGGACAACUGCUUAUUAUAAACUUAUUCUGCCAGGCUUGGCAGAUUAUACAACACCAGAAUCAUUGGAAUAUUCGAGUCAACUAAAGAAAGAUGUAUCUGUACAGGAAAAACAAGUAUCUCCAUCUGUUGAAUAUUGUAUGAAGUAUCUACAGUUGAGGUGCAUGUCAAUAGUGAUGAACAAGGAGACCGAGUGGACCAUUGAGCCAUGGCAUGUGCGGGCUAGUUUCCGCAAAGCUGGAGUCCAGAUAUUGUCAGAGAGCAGCAUAGAACUGCCCGCCAAGCCUAUAAGAGGCCCAAACCUCGACCUUGAAGGCAAGGAAUUCUAUGUCACAGUCACCAUCAACAAAAAACACAAAGUGAAGGUCCGUUGCUGUAUCCACCAUUGGAGCACUGCCAUGACUGACAGAUUGCCUUAUGUCCAGGACUACUGGUUAACUCCUCUAGAGAAGGUUUUCCCUGAAGACAACGUCAAAGAAACUGAACCUUCGACCACACAAUAAUGUAUAAGCCUUUUAGUAAUAAUAUUGUAUUAGUAAGA